UGACGUCAGCGCGGCGCCGUCGCGGCCGUGACGCGCGGGCCUGGCCGGACCGGGCCGGGCCAGGACAGGGGGCGGGCGGCGGCGGCGUGGGCCUGGCCCCGGGAUGGCGAUGUUCCGCAGCCUGGUGGCCUCGGCUCAGCAGCGGCAGCCGCCGGCCGGGCCCGCGGGCGGCGACAGCGGCCUGGAGGCGCAGUACAGCUGCCCCAUCUGCUUGGAGGUCUACCACCGGCCCGUGGCCAUCGGCAGCUGCGGCCACACGUUCUGCGGGGAGUGCCUCCAGCCCUGCCUGCAGGUGCCGUCGCCCCUGUGCCCUCUCUGCCGCCUGCCCUUUGACCCCAAGAAGGUGGACAAGGCUGGCCACGUGGAAAAGCAGCUCUCGUCCUACAAGGCGCCCUGCCGGGGCUGCAGCAAGAAGGUGACCCUGGCCAAGAUGAGAGUGCACGUGUCCUCCUGCCUGAAGGUCCAGGAGCAGAUGGCCAACUGCCCCAAGUUCGCCCCCGUGGUGCCCACGUCCCAGCCCAUCCCCAGCAACAUCCCCAACAGGUCCACCUUCGCCUGCCCCUACUGCGGCGCCCGCAACCUGGACCAGCAGGAGCUGCUGAAGCACUGCGUGGAGAGCCACCGCAGCGACCCCAACCGUGUGGUCUGCCCCAUCUGCUCGGCGAUGCCCUGGGGUGACCCCAGCUACAAGAGCGCCAACUUCCUGCAACACCUGCUCCACCGGCACAAGUUCUCCUAUGACACCUUUGUGGUCCAGAUCCUCAUAGCUCACGCAGCCCUGGCUGGCCUGCUCCUCCCCAGACCCCAGUCCCCAAACCUGAGCGGGAAGCACAGCUCUCCACACCCCACGUCCACCCCACACACGCCGGGCACCCCGUGUGCAGACACCGGGCCCCUCCGGGAGCCAGCUCGAGACGGGGACUCAGGCAGAGCCAGACGACAGUCGCACGUGCGGACGGCACUCUGACUCCCUCAGCGGCCCGCGCAGGGGCUGUGUGCUGUGGGACACGGGCCAGGUCCUGCCCUGCUGGGGGGAGGCUGGGAGCCCGGGGGACAUGGGUGCGUCCGUGGGGCGACAGGCGGAGGGGUGGCCUGGC